AUAUUCAACGAUAGGAGAUUCGCAAAAAAUCACUUUGAUAAAGCGGCAAAGCAAUCUAUGGUUCUCAAGUUAACUAAGGAAUAUAGGCUUUGCUCGUUCCGUGGUGAUGAGCUUGGCCUAAUAGAUCCACUUUAUUCAGCUGAAUUCAAGAUAUCUCAUGUCUUUCACUGCGAUGGCUUGUUGGUAUGCACCAGCGAAAACAGAAGAAUCGUGGUUUGGAAUCCGUGUACCGGUCAAACCAAGUGGAUCACCCAUUCCAACAAUCGUGACAUGUAUUACGUAACUUAUACUCUUGGAAGAUGCUACCAAAACAAUAAUUAUAGCUAUAAAUUAUUGAGACACAUGCCUAGUAGUAGUAACGAGAAGCGAACAUUUGAAAUCUGUGAGAUCAACUCCUAUUUAUGGAGGAGGAUUCCUCAUGACUUCAUAUUACAGUUUGAUCAUUCCAGCGUGUAUUUGAAGGGGAAAACCUACUGGUGUGCUUCGGAUUCAGCACAGUAUGGCGCGGUCCUAUACUUACUAAGUUUUGAUUAUACAACGGAGAGAUUUGCACGCAUGUGCCUUCCUGAUCCGAAUUGUAGCUAUCAAACUGUGUCCCUGUCGGUUGUUAGAGAAGAGAAGCUUGCAGUGUUAUUACGACCCCGACCCCGACCCCGACCCCGACCCUGUGAUAGACAUGGAAAAAAGAUCGAGAUAUGGAUAAGCAGUGCGAUUGAUGAUGAGACCAAAGUUGUGUCGUGGAGCAAGAUCUUCGCCCUGGAAGAUCGUCCUCGGCUUGGCUCUUGCUACCACACAAGUUUCUUGGUCGAUGAAGAGAAGAAAAUCGCUAUAUGUCGUGAAAGGCGGACAUGUGGCAAGAGCUACGUCUUGUUGCAAUACAUUGUCGGAGAGGAUAAUCAAGUCACGCAACUGGAUUUUGCACUAUCUUCUUGUUUGCAUCGGAACUCGCAACUUUUGUUUAAUUACGUACCAAGUCUGGUUCAAAUCCAGUGA